ACAGCAGCACCAAUGGAAGGAUCACCGACAACGCCAGGACCACAAGCACCGAAGCCAAAAUUACAACCACCACCAACACCAGCAAUAUUAAGACCAGAAGCAGGAGAGGAACGACCAUCACCACCACAAGCAUCAGGUGUCGGUGAAGCCGAUGGCGGCCCCGUUGGGAUUGAAGGUACCGGUCGAAAUGUUAGUGGUGGUGGCAGUCUUGUUGGUGCUAGUGACGCUUCUCGUGUUACUGGUGAGGCCACUAAAGAUCCUAAAGGAAGUGAAGGUCCCGUUUCCGGGCCGCCUUCCGGUGGUGCUUCUUCAUCUCCUAUCUCCAACGAUGGAGACGCUUCACGGAAGAAUGGCGGUGCACCAUCCACUCAGGACACGACAUCUUUAAAAAACAAUGAGCAGUCAAGGCCAACAACAUCUUCAGGGAACGCACCACUCAACAGGGAGACACCGGAGAGGUCAACACCCGAUGCAAAACAGCACUCCUCUGAAACACAAGAAAAUGAAACGAGUCGACUUCCUGAUGGGGAUGCAAAUUACAGCGCCACGGGGCAGAGUGCCGUGGGAACGAAAGGCUCUUCCGGCGUAUCGACUGCCGCCAGCAACGCACCAACAACACCUCAACCACAACUGCCAGCACCACCAGUACCAACAACAGCGAGAGUAACGGGAGCGCCGGCAGAAAAACCAACUGCAGAACGAUCACCGCCACCGGCAGAUUCAACAACAGAAGAAAACCUAACAGAAACAACUACAGCGAAAAGGAAUGAUACGACAUCACCUGGUGACAGUGACGGCAGCACCGCGGUCUCCCACACCACCUCCCCUCUUUUGCUUCUUCUUGUUGUGUGUGCGGCUGCUGCUGCGGUGGUGGCCGCGUGA